GGUCAUACUAAAUAUCACUUAAUGUUCUACUCAGACGGCAACCUCCCCUCUAUGUACAAAUGCUUGUGCACAACGACGGUUACCGACAAAGCUGGUGAAAAGUAUCGCAAAAAUGUAAAAUUUCACUAUUCGCCGAAUGAAACGACCACAUAUCAUGGAACUGACACAGUGUGGUCGAUCAAAACGGAUCCAUAUUAUGUCUACGAUAACGCAUUGAAUGUAACAUACUUUGCCCGAAAAUCUACUUCGGAGAUCGACUUCAGCGAAAUGUUUUCGAUCAGUCAAAUAAUUUUCGCUUACGGCAAGUGCGUAGUAUUGCAAUCGGACCUACUCGGCUACCAGGUUUGGGUUCGUACUCGUUAUCUUAGAAAACAUAAGAAGAUUCCUUACGUUUGCACAUUUUUCUACGAAGCCUGCGCCGGAACCAACAAGAAAUGGGUCUAUGAUUGGGUCCAUUGUCCCAAAACAACAUACAGGCUGCCUGAAAACAAAGAGCCUCUUGCAACAUGAAAUAAAGUACGCGUC